AAUUUGCGAUAAUUAAAUGCUUCAUUUGAAACAACACGCGUUUUCGCGCCAUUUUAUCAGAUGUUGAUAGUUGAGAAUUCUGUCGUGUGUGUGUGUGGUGUGUGUGAUUUUUUUAUGCUUGGCCAUUGCCAGCGAAAUUCCAAUUUACCGCCUGAUAUCGACUUACGCAUAAUUAAACCACUUUUUUAAAAGAAAAUCCGGUAUUUUUUAUCCGAAAACACGAGAAAUCAACACUAAAACCGAACCGUUUUGGUUUCCUUUCAAAGUCAGUGUCAGCAGCCAGAAGACAUUACCAUAGCCAUAGGCCCAUAAUCAUAAUAGGGAAAAGCAACAAUUUCCGCUAUAGCAGUUUUGUUUCGAGUGUGGAAUGGGGCCUGGCAGCUAAAACAGCCCCCGGCCGAUGCUCUUUAAACGGAUCCCAUGCAUUUUAUUAUGAUCCUGAAUGCAGCGGACAACUUCACCUUGUGACAUCAAUGUGUUCCGGAGAUGGUGUGUAAGGAGGAAAUAUUGACAUGGUUCAAGGACUUGGAUAGUUACAGACGCAUUGAUCUGUUAUGUGAAUUAAUAAACAUGUGUAUCCCGUUCGAGUUGCGGUUCGUGGGCAGCUACCUCGAGGAAAUCGGUAAACACAGCUUCCACGAACUGAGAACCCAGGCUAUGGCAGCCAAUGAAAUGGAAAAACUGGAAAAGGACCCGGUGCUCAAAAAUAAAACUCUACGCGAUGAAGUAAUUCGGCAUCGGAUGUUAAUUAAUGUUUCCUUGUUAAAAUCGCGCAAUUAUAGUGUGGCCAAUUGGUAUUCUGACAAGUUUUUGAGGACAGACUCCGUGAGUGAUAUCAUUACAAAGGAGGCCGACGAUAAAGUGUUGAACGAGCUAUUGUUGUUGUACACAAUGGCGGCGCGACAUCCCGCCUUUACAUUUGAGCAAAGAGACUUUUUUAGUCAGAUGCUUCUCAAACUGUUUGAUAUACGGGAGAGUAGGCAGCUAAUUAAACCUGUCAAUUUUCGUUCUUUGCCGCCUGGAUUUGAGUUCCAGAACGCUUGUAAUUAUAGAAACAUGAAGAGCCAUGAUGGUCCUCCUUUUCCUUUGGGUCUAGCCAUGCACCAUCCUCCAGGGCUUCCCCCUCAUUUUGAAUUCAUGGGUCAAUUUAGGACUGGAUGGCCUGCAAUGCCCUUUGGCGCACCGGCAGAAGUGACGGCAUUUCCACUUCAUCAACAAAUCCCGAUGCAGCCUCCUCAGCCGGCAACAUCGCCACUAGUCAACUCGCCCAGUCAAUCGCGUAGCGGUUCACCCAGGACGCAUGCGCGACCUUUUACUAUUUUAACUUCUGCCUCUGGGACGGUUCCUGUGGUAAAUCCAGUAGUGGUAGUGCCGCCCGGUCUACAGUCCACCGCACCAGCCAUGAUGCCCGUUCCUCAUCUCGGUGGUUCCUCUGUGGAGGCGAACCUAUCCGCUCCACCUCCUCCUCUUUCUCAUCCUGCCGGUCCUUCUAGUCAACCUAGUCCGGUUUACAAUUCACCAAACCCAACCCAAACCAGUAAACCUGAAACUGAGGAGCUAAAAGAGCAGACACCAACGAGACAUCCCCCUCCCCCGCCGCCUUCCACGGUAAAUCCUUGGAUGUUGCCACCGCCGGUCGUGAGCGCGGAAACGACAAAACACAUGAAUGGUUUGCGAAUAGGCUUUCCGUCAUUAAGAACAUCGGUCGCCGAGCAGAUGCAAUCGAUGACCUUGACCGAUGAGAGUUCCCAUUAUCAUUCGUCUAGCAGCAGUAGUCCGCUGCAAACACCACCGGAAACUCCAUCAAACUUGGUGCAAUCGGUGACAACGAGCAGUUCGUCGACGCCUGCCCAUCGUACGCAUCCGGAAAAAACGCGGGCGAUGAACGGGUUACCGGGGGGCGGUGGCUUUAUGCCGCCAUUCGGGAUGGAUCCUACUACGUCACCGCCCCCGCCGCAUCAGCCAUACCCUUUUGGCCACUAUCCUUUGCCCAGGUAUAUAACGACGGGCGGCAAUUUUCGUCCGAUCACCAGCACGGGAGGCGGCUUCCCUCAAUUUCCGCCGCCCAAUCAACAGCAGGGCGGCGACAACAUGAUCACUACCACCGCCUACCACCACACAUACCCGAUUGGCUCUUUUAUCCCUUAUCUAUAUUCCGGUUUUCCUCCUCCACCGCCGCCCCCGUCGAACUCCUGCCCCUCCCAUCCGCCAAAUCCGCCGCCUUUACCACCGCCACGGAACUAUGCGCCCGGCUGUUAUAAUUGCGGUGCCGCCAGCCACCUGGGGCCAGAAUGCACGAAGCAGAGUAUCGACGAUAUCACCCAGCAAAACACUUAUAGGUAAGUAAGUCUUGAGUAUAGUCCAAGCAAUUCAGACAUCGAGAAAUGAGGAAGAAGCGGUGUUGUGAACCUGAAAAGAAGCUUUUAAUUGUGCGAGUGAAUGGGAUGAAUAAUUAAUUAUAAAUAGUGCGAGAGAGGUAUUUUUUUUGCUAAGCAAAAAACGUGAAAUAUUGUAAUUUUAAGUGGUAAAAAAAAUAUAGGCGGAUAGCUGGCGAUGAAAAAAGAACACACUGGCCUGAAUAUUAUUUUAAUAGAGCAAUAUUUAUUAAACAAGAAAUGUUGUUCAAACAACCUUUAUUAAUUAUUUCUGCUCAAAAGAAACCGCGUAUCUCUCAAACCUAUCGAAUUGUAAUAAUUAUACUUUUACCAUCUCCGAAGUAUGAGAAACAAUCCACAAUCUAUGAAAUGCAAAACAAGUAACAUUUAAACUUAAUAGUUUUUUAUUUUGUCGCCAGCUGUAAACUGCGUUGGGGUGACUGAGAAGCUGAUUUUUUUUAGGCGAAAAACUAAAAUAGAGACGAUUUAAUGAAAAGAGGAUCAAUAUUUUUUAAGUCCAUUACAAUACAAUAUUAAUAGUUAAGUUUAUUUUGUUCAAAGUUUAAAUUUUAUAUUUUCAUUGAAGUCAAUUACAGUAGAAUCGGCAACGGAAGUCGGUAGCACCUCUUACUAAAUAUUCCUUAGUGUUAAAAACUAUUUUACUAUAACCUAUAAAAAAAAUCAGUUGUCUCUAAACCUGUGCCUCCUCCCCCCAAAAAGAAAUAGUUUGGCAACAAAACAAACAAAAGUCAGAUUUUACCAAAGAGAUCCCCGUAAUAUAAAAUAUAAAAAAAAAUCCUAUUAUGCUGUGAUGGGGGAGUCAGGAUCUGUUUCUCGGUAUUAAAUACUACUACUGUCCAAAAUUUUCUUUUUCUGUAUUAUUUAUUUAAGCCUGUCCUUAGAUAAUUAUGCUUUUCAUUUUAUUGUUGGUAAUUGUUAUGUUUAAAUUCCACAACUUACCCAGUGAAAGUUAUACUUUUUCAGGGGUUUUUUUAAAGUAAAUAGUUUUGUAUCCGAUUGGAGAUGAGCGAUUCAAUUUCUUUAUACAACUAAAUUUUUUUUGAGAUACGCCCGUAAUGUAAAAUUAUUGUUUUUUUUUAUAACCUCCAUAUAGAAUGAUACCACAGUUUUUUUAACGAACCAUUUUAAUUAUCAGAAAUCCGACGCAUAAUAAAACAUGUCGAGCUUUUUAUUUUCUUUUUUUAUAAAGGAUGACUUUUUGUCACAGUUUUUCUCUAUUAUAUGUUUUAUUUUAUAUGCUUGGUCAGUAUUGGAUUUAUUCCCUCGUAAGCAAAUUUUUAUUUUUAACCUACUAAAACGUAGUUUGUUAAAUAAAUUGUGGCACAUCCUAUAAGAAAAAAAUAAGAAAAUCCUUAGGGGUGCUAUUUGGCAAACUUGUCCAGUAUAACGUCCAGAGUGGUAAUAUUACGGUACUUAACUGCUCUAUUGCCAAAAACUGCUCCACUGUUUUUUUUAACUUUUUUUAUACAAAAAAACCUUUUUAGCCUUUAUUUUAUACAUUUUUUUUACAAUAAUUUACUUUUUCUUAUGGGUAUAGUUGCCAGGAUAAAAUUGCCAUAUUUAUAUUGUUGAUUUGUUGUGAUUUUGUUACUUUUUUAUUAGUAUUGUGUCAAUAUUGUCAAAUUAUAUUAUAAAAGUCGAGGGCCGCAUAGUUUUUAUUGCAGAUUAAUUUUACUAUUAAUUAUUGUUUUAAACUGGCGUGAUUUUGUGAUAAUAUUAUGAUAUCGUUGGGCGCAUAUUCAGUAAAGCAAUAUAUAUAUGGAUAUCCCAGCUAUAAAUGUAUUAAUCUGCUGUGAAAACUCUCGGUACUCUAAAAAAAUCCUUUCUUUGUACAUUAUCAAGGUUCUACUGUAAAUAGUGACUUAGAGUAUACAUUGAAGUUAAUAUUUAAAUUGAUAUAUUUAUAAUACAAUCAGUAUGACUGAAAGUUUAACUUAAAUUGAGAUUAAUAAACAGUUUUUAUAACAAAAA